AUGACAUCGGCGGCCUCUGUCUUCAACACCGUCGCCUGCUACACCUCCCCCGCCAUCGCGCGUCGCACCUACCAAGGCCCCGCAGCAAGAGCCGAAGCAACGCCUCUGAGCGCACGCCUCUUCGGCACAUGGACCCUUCUGGCGUCGAUUGUGCGUGCCUACGCAGCCUACAACAUUGAUGACAAGGGAAUCUAUGCGGUCGCCUUGUCGACGUAUGCUCUUGCCUUGGCUCAUUUCACGAGCGAGUCGCUUCUCUACAAAACCAUGUCGUUUGCAAAUGGAUUGGCUGUUCCAUUCUCGGUGGCGAGCCUGACUUUGGUUUGGAUGGUCACUCAGUCGUCACACUACACGGCCGGUUGA